UGAUGCACGUUUUUAAGAGUAAAAUGUUACAAGCUCAACCAUCGUAACUCGACUACCUUAUCCGACAAUCUAUUUUGCUUAGCCACUGUGCCGAUCUGCCGACAGUGCCGACAAGUAGCAGCUUUUCUCGCUGGAAUUCGUUUGUUCGUCGAAAGAAUAUAUUUUGCGGUAGAGUUGCGUGAAAUCCUUUCUCUUUUCCUGCUUUCGUUAUCAAAUUCUUCUCGCCGCUGCUCUUUCGGCUCUCACGUUCGAUCAAUGUUGAAUCACAUUUUCUAACCUUUCCAAGUGCUUUCCAAAUCCGACAGUUGAGAUGUUGCGAUUGGCAAAAGAUUAUUGUACAUAGAUUUUAGAACAAAAAGACUGAAGUUUCAAGUAUGUCUGGGUCCGAGGUGCAAGGAUCCUUAAAGGAAGCUUUGUACGAAACAUUAAGUGGCAUACUUGCUGCAGAAAGAGAUGAUCGACAGGCUGCCGAGCAACGUCUGACAGCUUUGGAAGUCACAGAAGAGUUUGGUGUUCAUCUUACCGAAUUUGUAGUAGAUCCUAACGGACCGCUUGCCAUUCGACAACUGGCUUCUGUUUUACUGAAACAGUAUGUGGAAAAUCAUUGGAGUCCAUUGGCUGAAAAAUUCAGUCUUCCAGAAAUUAAGACCCACAUAAAACAAACAAUCAAAUCUUUAUUGCCUCUUGGGCUGCGUGAAUCUAUAAGCAAGGUCAGAACUGCUGUGGCUUAUGCAAUAUCAAGAAUCGCGCACUGGGAAUGGCCAGAAAAUUGGCCUGAACUUUUCGACAUAUUGGUAGGCUACUUAUCUGAAGAAAAUCAAUUUGCUGUCCACGGAGCUAUGCGAGUACUGACAGAAUUCACCAGAGACUUGACUGACACACAUUUACCCAAUGUUGGUCCAGUGAUCCUGCAGGAGAUGUAUCGAAUUAUUCAAAGUGAUACUAAAUAUUCAAUUCGAACUCGUGGAAGAGCCAUAGAAAUUUUCACAACAAUAGCAAGUUUGGUUGCUGAAACGGGUGUAUACAGUCGAGGAUUCAUUGAACAGCACUUACAGCCAGUUAUACCCAUGUUCUGUGCUAAAUUUCUUGAAUUUUUAGCUGUACCUAAUGGACCUACAAGUGAUAGUGGCCUUAAAACUGAGAUUAUCAAGUCAAUUAACUGUUUAGUCACAAAACUGUCAAAGUACAUGACAACUUUUGUACCACAAAUUUUACCUUGCAUCUGGACAACUUUGACACAGAGUGCUAUAAUUUACCAAGAGGAAGUUGUCAAUGGAGACGGUGAAGUUAAUGAUCAAGAAGUUGAUUCUGAUGGUGAAGUCAUUAAUUUUAACAAUUUAGUUAUUGCAAUAUUCGAGUUUAUCGGUACCUUGAUUGAUCACAAGAAAUAUUCCAACCUAUUGAACAAUUUUUUGCCAGAUAUAAUGUAUUAUACAAUACUUUUUAUGCAAGUAACAGAAGAUCAAAUGGAUAUGUGGACCAAUAAUCCAAACCAGUUUAUUGAAGAUGAUGAUCAAUAUGCGACCGUAUAUAACGUUCGAAUUUCAGCUCAAGAACUGCUUGGGACACUUUUAUCAUACUCCGAGGAAGCUGCCGUGAAUGCACUUUGUGGGGCCAUAACGCGACAUAUUGAAGCAGCUAAUAAUCCACAGUCGCCAAAUUGUGUGACCCGAGAUGUCGCGACUAUUUGGAAGAUAUACGAGGCUUGCAUUGUAUCUCUAAACACUGCCAAAGAGUCUAUUAUCGAGCAACAGCAAUCUGGAAAACUUCAAUUUGACAUUAUUAGAUUUCUAGAUACCAUAGUUUUAGCAACACUCAAUAAUCCGGGUGCGCAUCCGUUGCUUUUGGGUAGAUGUUUAUGCAUAGGUGGACGCUAUGCCAAAGAGUUACCUCCUGAAAUGAGUGCCAGGUUUUUAGAAGCGACUGUAAAUGGCCUGUUGGAAACACAGCCGAUUUGCAUACGUGUGAGCGCCAUAAAAGCAGUUUACUGGUUUUGUGAUGCUGCUAUCAUAGAAAAUAGUCCGCUUCUCAGCAUAUUGCGUCUCCAGUUGCCAGCAAUCUUCCAAGGACUGUUUACGUUGUCCAACCAACUUUCGAAAGAAAUCUUGAUUCUCGUCUUGAAUGCUUAUUCUGUAUUAGUACCGAUCGACCCAGCUUUUACAGCUUCCAUAGAGAAUAAAAUUUGCCCGUUUACGAUAGCAGCAUUUAUAAAAUUCCACAGUGAUCCAGAAAUUCUCAAUUUGUGUCAAGACAUAUUUAAAGAACUCAGUGAGAUUCUAGACUGCGUCGGUCCAUUACAAACACGAUUGGUACCCACCUUGAUAAGUAUGAUGAAUAUAACAGCAAUGGACAAAUCAAAUGAUGAGGGAACUCGUAGUGUAGCUUUGGAUGUGCUGGAAGUGUUAGUUCAAUAUUCUCCACAGCCACUGAGCAAUAUUCUGAUAGACAAUGCAUUCCCAGUAGCAUGCCAUUGUAUUCUAGACUCAACAGACAAUGGAACACUACAGAAUGGGGGGGAAGUAAUUCGAACAUACCUUUCAGUAGCUGCUCACCAGGUUAUAGAAUACACUGACAGUGAAGGUCGAACUGGUUUACAGUUUAUAUUACAGAUUAUUGCUCAACUGCUGAAUCCUCAGUCCAGUGAAUUCACAGCCGCAUUUGUUGGCCGACUAGUCACAACUUUGAUCAGAAAAGCAGGAAAUUCGUUGGGGGGAAAUCUUGACCUUUUGUUAAAAGCGGUUCUUAGCAAAAUGCAGCGAACCGAGACCUCGACUGUGAUGCAAAGUUUGUUGAUGAUUUAUGCUCAUCUCAUCAAUUCUGAAUUUGACGCUGUUUUAAACUUUUUGUCUACUGUUCCUGGUCCAACUGGAGAAAGUGCUCUUGCCUUUGUAUUAAGUGAAUGGGUAAACAAACAGCAACUAUUUUUCGGAAAUUACGAUCGUAAAGUGUCAACUGUGGCACUUGCUAAAAUAUUGGAGUAUGGUGUCACUCGUGACGAUAGUCGAUUGAACGAAAUUACUGUAGAGGGAGAUCAAGUCCCUUCAGAGAAUGAAUCAAGUGGUGUAAGAACAAGAGGAAAAAGUCAGUCCAAGCCUAUGCAAUGGACUACAAUUCCAGUUCUCGUCAAGAUUUUUAAACUCAUUAUCUAUGAGUUGGGACAUUAUCUCGAAGCUCAUUCUGCUGAACAAGAGAACGAAGAAAGCGAAGACGAUGACGACGUAGACGAGGAUGCAGUAAUCGAUCCCGGAAACGACAUCAAUCAAUUAUUAAUGGAGAAUUUUGAAGAUGAAAUUGACGAGGAACAAGAUCCAGAUAUCCGGCAGGACUCGAUAUACAAUUUGAAUCUCGGUCAAUACUUACGUGAUUUCUUGCAGAACUUUUCUACGCAUCACGGUUUUCCUAUAUUUGCUCAACAUUUGAAUGUAGCUGAAAGGAAAAUCUUAAACAGCAUAAAUAUAUUUUAAACUGGUAAUAGAAUAUAAUUUGCGAAAAAAAUGGUUAAAAAUCAUUUUGCUUUCAUUUGAUGUUAUGCAACUUGUUAACUCGUAUAUAUAUAUAUAUUUGUAUUAAAAUGAAACGAAAAUCAAUAGUAUAAAUAACGUAUUUUCCGUCUGUAAAUAUACUUUUUACGUGAUCAAUAUCAAUAUUUAUAACUAUCUUUGCAGAGCGUUUUUAAUCGAAGACAAAAUAAAUUCUUUAUCGGAUAUAAAAAUUAUAUUAGUUAUUUAAUUUUUGUAGCAUUUGCAUAAUCUCGAUUUAUGUGAUUUUUUUAAACACUCUGCAAACAUGCACUAAAAAUUUACGAGUUGGGGUCUUACUUUGUCCAACCUGCAGGACAGGUACUUGAAACUUAAGCUUUAAGAAGCGUGUAUGAUAUAAUGUUAGGCAUACAUUUUUAUAUCUAAAAGUUGUAGAAUUUUAUAACUCUUAUAUUGUAAUUACAUAAUAAAAAUGUAUAAAAUUUUUUAA